CGGAAUCGCCCCUGAUUGUGCACUUUCACCAUGAUGACCACCAGGACCGGGGUUAGCACCACCCCCUACAGUAGGGAACAAGAAGAGAGAGUUGCGGCUCUUCUGAGAGAAAGGAAGGAGAAGAUGGAGAAGAGGGAAUUGAUCAAGCAGGCAAAGAUGGUAGCAGGAGGCGAAGAAGAAGCAGAUGGAGGAAGCACUGCAAAAGGUGGAAGAAGGAGCAGGAGGAGAAGAUGGCAGUAGUAGAGGCCGAAGUAGAAGAAGAGGAAGUAGAAGAAGAAGAGGUUGAGGAAGAAGAAGCCUUGCAAAGAAGAAGAGGAGAGGAAAGUACCAGUAAGGAAGAAGAGGUGGAGAAGAUGGCAAAAGAGUGGGCGUCGCGUAUAAAGUUGGGGGAACUGAGAGAAGUAGAGAUGAUGGUACCUGAGGCCGAGAGGGAAGCAGCCAGGAGAGAGUUGGAGGAGGAGAGGAACCCCUUGCGUACGCGGACAAAGGAACAUGAAAAGCAAUUGGAAUGGAAAUUGCACCUGACACAAGAAAGACUAAGGCGUAUGGAGGAAGAAGAGAAGCUACAUGGGGAGUUGAAGGCGACAGAGAUAAGGAUGGGGAAGAUCGGGGAAGAGACCGAGAUAGGAAAUAAACUUGACACCCUGACCCACAGUGUAGAGUCCCUAUUGACUGCACAAAGGGAACAAAUGAGGCACCUUCGUAGCCAUGAUAUUGCCUUAGAGGCCAUCCGAGUUGGCUUCAAAGACUUUGUGCAGGACAUGAUGAAAUUUUUGGUGGACCAGAUCCACCUUGCCAUCAGUAGGACAGAGAGGUUCUAUGCAGGCGCCAUAGAGGGCGCCAAGAUAGUGGCUUCCAAGGAAGAGGAGCCUGCCCCACGCCGUGAGAAAGUCAAAGUCCGUUUCCCUGAGCCCUUCAACGAGAAGAAGGGGGAGGACUUUGACAAAUGGGAGGCAACUGUCAACUCCUAUCUAUACCUACAGGGCGUAGCACCAAAAGAUCAUGUCCUAGUGGACUUCCAGGCCCUGAGGGAGGAAGCGACCAACUUUGCAAGGUCGCUUGCACGCGCAACACGCUGUGAGAACGAUAUGGUGCAGUAUUCCCGGAUAACUCCCCUCUCCGAGUUUCUUAAGUCUCUUAGGGAACGAUUCUCAGAAGUCACUCGAGGGCUUAAAGCCUCUGACAAGUUGCAAAUGAUCCACACGCGUCAGUGGAAGAGCGUACAUGCCCUUAACUCUGCCAUGGAUGAGCUGAUCAUUGUGCCCAGACAUGGAGUCACUGACGCACAGUUGGUCCAACUCUUCUACCGCGCCCUGCCCGAGCAUGUGCAAGGGCACUUCUUCGAUAAAAGGCAACAGCCAGGGAUGACUUACGAUGUCCUUCGUAGAGAGGUUGUUUCCUUCGCUGCACAAGCUUCGCCCGUUACCACGUUUUGGCACAAAGAUCUGACAAAAGGAAAAAUGUGGAAGGGACACACCAUCUCUGACCGGGUCAAGGCCAAGGAAAGUCUAAUCCUAACAAUGGAAGAAGGUGGUACAAAGGAAGUUCCCUACUCAGACAUUGAGUGGGGACUUGAGGAAGGAGACAGUGGGGUAGAGCAGGGGAGAACCUACGUUGUUGUCGCGGCCGAAGGGAGGGCGCAAGGAAGAGGGCAGGGCAGCCAGGGGGUUGGCAGUAACAAGAACCGUCAAGAGGGAGGCAGGGGUCAAGGUCCCCCGUCUAACCGUCCACGUCCGAGUCGGUCACCUCCCAGACAAGAAUGGUGGCACCCAGGUCGGCCCGAGGGACGACCUUGGGAGGAUCUGGGGAUUAAGAAGGAUGUGUGGCAGGAUCAGGUUCCAAUUGCCUGUGAAGUCUUGAAUGCGAGACGUGUUCUUGUGUGUGCAUAAAGCCGAUGAUCAGUACCAUUCGUGCGGUAAAUGUGUGUCCAACAAGUGUCUAGAGGGUUCCAGGGGCAACAGGGGAAAUGCCCACGGGAAACAAAACUACAGAAUUCAUUUCUGAGGGUUCAUUCGGUGUGGUACUGGUUUGUGAAAUCAAGCAGUGCGCUGUGGGGUGAAGAAGACAGCCUAGCCGAAGUAGCAGGGCAAUCAUGUUGCGAUCUGGUAGCUGUUGUUUUCUGUUCCUUUUGGAGAGAAAUUGUGCGGUUGUGUCGGGCGCUCGUAGGAGAGAGUGUCUGCUUGGCGGAGAGUGACUCAUUGCGUAGGAGUGUCACUGACCAGGGAGAGAUCCUGUGCAGGAGAGAGAAUGUUGCAUACUAAGCGAACACAAGUAUGAUGCAGAACCCAGAACCGACCAAUAACAAAGAGCAAUACAAUGC